AGAAACCGCCACUUUCUCUCUCUUCUGUAAAUCUUCUUCUCUGUCCUCACUCAUGGAUGCUCUUCUCCGGUAAGAUAAUUGUCUGUCUGUCGAUCCAUUUCUCUUCAUCUGUUUCAAACCAAACCAAACCAAACUGAAUCAUAAUAACUUACUUUCUUAUCUGUUUCAUAACUUAUCUUCUCUGUUUGUUUAUCUUUGUUUUUCACACAUCUGAUCUCUCUUUCUUCUAUACAUGCGCUACUGGAUCUAACUCAAUUUCGCUGAUUACUUCUUUCUAUAUAUAUAGCAAUCUCUAGGGUUUCACAAUUCUCUGUUUCAGCCAUGUCUUGUCUUGAUCUAACUAACAAGGUUUAUCCAGAAUCAAUCUCUUCACCGUCUGGAAUCGAUCAUUUCGAUACGCUUCCCGAUUCUAUCCUUCUCCUUAUAUUCAACAAGAUCAGCGAUGUUAAAGCCCUAGGUAGAUGCGUCGGCGUUUCUCGCCGCUUUCAAUCCUUAGUUCUUCAGGUUGAAUCCAUCGUCGUCCGCGUCGAUUGCGUCAUUUCAGAUGACGAUCCAUCUUCCAUAUCCGGAUCCGCCGACAAAUCUCGCAACACUUUCUCUACUCUUUUUCGUCUUCUUUUCGGAGGAGUUAUCAGGCCUAUUCAAUCCUUAGGUCAGUUACUAUCAAAUAAAAGAUCCAUCUCUUGUUCUUCGUCAACUCUGUCUGCAGAUGGAGAUGAUGAUUCCUCUGAUUUGGAUGACGGCGUUGUAAUGCACCAUUCGCCGACGCAGGUCUUGAAGAACUUCAUUGACAUCCGCAGCCUCAAAAUUGAACUUCCUAGCGGCGAACUCGGGAUUGAAAAUGGUGUUCUUCUCAAAUGGAGAGCUACUUUCGGUUCAACCCUAGACACCUGUGUGAUACUAGGAGCUUCCUCAGUUAUUCACCCAAAUCCUGACAAGCAAUCAUCUUCAGAAGAUGAUGACAAUAUCAAUGAGGAUGAUCAUAAUGGAGGAAGCAUCCCGGAAUCAUUCUACACAAACGGAGGUCUGAAACUAAGAGUGGUAUGGACGAUAAGUUCCUUAAUCGCAGCUUCUGCAAGACAUUAUUUGCUACAACCGAUAAUUAACGAGCAUAAGACAUUAGAGAAGGUGGUAUUGAGCGACGGAGAUGACCAAGGUGUUGUGACUAUGAACAAAGAACAGUUGGAGGAGUUAAGAGUGAAGCCAUUGUGUGCAUCAUCAGCAUCAAAGAGGACGGUUGUACCAGCACUAAAUAUGAGGCUUUGGUAUUCGCCGUUUGUGAAAAUGUCUGAUGGGACUGUACUGAAAGGUGCGACUUUGGUUGCGAUUAGGCCAAGUGUUCAAUCAUCGUCAUCAGCAGGGGAAGCUUCAUCGUCGGAUGUCUCUUGGGUUUUGUCUGCGUUUAAUGAGCCUUAUGGGUCAGCCACGAAGGUGCUUGUGAAGAAGAGAACUUAUUGCUUGGAGAUGAAUUCGUUCUAAUCACUUCUAAUGAUGAUGAUGAUGAUGAUCUUUAAGGUGAUUUGUGUACUUUUGUUUUUACCAAAUAGGAUGAGUUCUCAUCUUAAAGAUGAUCUCAUUUAUGAAAAAAGAGGCUUAGAGAUGUUGGUGCAAUGGUUAAUCCCUAAAAAAUAGUUAUGUUUGUUUAUUACAUAAGAGUCUUUACUAAAAAAAAGUAUAAGUUUUCGAUUCACCACAAUGAACUCGGUUUGAUGUUUUAGCCUCCUCCUCUUCUAGGGAAUAAUUAUAUGAUAGACUACUACUAUUUUCAGCAAUUAUUUCAUUUA